CCGCGGGUCACUUUUACCAUACGGUUGAUGUUAUUAUAAAAUAUGCGAUUAUUAUUGUUGCUACGGCGGCGGCGGCCAGAGGAUUACCGACGUGCACCAGCAGCAGCAGCCACCAUCAUCGAGCGACGUUAGGCCGCACGGGCGCCGGCUGUCUGCACAGCCUUACAGUUUUUCGCCGAUUCCACGUCCCGUAACCGUGCCACAACAUGUCCAAAUGAAGGGUCUUGUUGUUGUGUGGGUUUUGUGUUGCUUGGCGUCCGCGCACAAGUCCGCAGACGCUAAGGCCAAAUGGUGGAGCAUACCCGAGCCGGUGGCCACGGUCGGAAAACUCUUCUACUUCAAAAUACCCCACGAUUUGUUUGUCGACAGCGCCGGCCCAAUCGACUUUUUGGGCCAAGAUGGCGGAGGUCUUCCGAGCUGGUUAGUGAAAGGCGAGAAUGGUGAACUCGAAGGCAUACCGGGACCCGAAGAUGUCCGUGACGGUCUUUUGGUACGUGCCGGAGACAAAGGUCGAAGAAUGAUAUCUGACGUUGCGUACAUUAGAGUUGCGCCUCUUAAAUGGAAAAACGUUCGAAACAAUAAACGAUGCAAAAACAAUAAAGACUCCAUACUUCUUUGUCUUGUUAUUGGUAUGAAUUUCAAAAGCAUACAACCUCUGCAACGACUUAUCGCACUUAAAAAUCUCGCCGGAUUCUUAAGUCUUCCACAAGACGCCGUGCUGUUAGUACCUCAAGAGAGCGUAUCGUCGUGGCUUAUGGAUAACAUAGUAACGUCCGAACGACCGCAACACAAAAAGCAUCAAUUCAACGACACGUCAUUUGUUUUAUGGGAGGUCGGCUGCGGAGAGGAUAUUUGGCAAGAACACAUUGAUCAUGUUCGUCAAAUGCAAAGUAACGCCGUGGACGGAACAUUGUCCGAAGUACUGCAACUCCCGGUGACCAGCUAUAGACUAGUGAACUCGUUAAAUCCCCUACGAGGGCGUCGUCAAGUGAGUGGGACAAAACAUGAUAAAAUAGCUGCCAAUUUCGAUGAUGACGACGAUGAAACAAAACAAGGCGUAAAAGAAAACGAUACCGAUGACGAAAACGACGACGAUGAUAAUGACGACGACGACGAUGAUGAAAUCGUUCCGGAUACGAGGAAAACGCUUGUCGAGCCCUCGCCGGUCUUUUUACCCGACCAGUACGAUACGGACCAUCUCCAUAGACAUUACCGUCGUGACGAAAAUGUGUUGGACGCACAAAAAUCUGUAAUUAAUUCUACGCCCGUUCUGAAAGCAAUUGUUUUGCCUUCAAUCGAUUCCAACGAUAUGGCAAGACCCUAUGAUAACAUUCAACCGACCCCGACGUUUUUUGAAUCCAUGUCGUCCACGCCUACUACUUCACAACUCGCCGAAUCUGUCGACAUGGGUGAACAGUUUGCCACGACUAUGAUCGAUGAGAGUGCGUCUGGCGAAACAACUGCUCUUCCUACGGACAAAUUAAAAGAAGCGAUGAAUGGCAACGCUAUAAGUACUACAACAAUGUCGACUGCGACGAACGCUGAUUCUGCCAAUACACCGCCAGUUAUAAAAUACAAACUUCCCAAACUUGCGAUCACUGCAGGAAAACCGUUGAAGUACGCUAUUCCCGACAACGUGUUCUACGACCACGAAGACGGCAGUUCGAAAAAUUUAAAGCUGUCUUUGUUGAACACGGAUCCCGCCCUGCUGUCUUGGGUAGAAUUUGACACGGAAAAUCAAAUCUUGGUCGCAUUACCUUUGGAGGAACACGUUUCGAAAUGGGAAGUAAUUAUUCAAGCGCAAGAUUCUGCAGGUCUCGGCGUCAACAACACGCUCGACCUUGUCGUACAACAGUUGCCUCAUUUGCGUGCCAUUAAUCAUCAAAUAAUUUUGCAAAUGCGACUGAAAUCCGACUCGUUGGCUUGGACUCGUCCGGUACACUGGAGUUUGGACAUUAUCGAAAAAAUCGCUGCCAUCUAUUCCACCGAUGCCAACAACAUCACCGUGUUGAACUGUACAAAGCCGGGCAUGUUAACUGCCAAUAAAGAUAGACCUAGCGUACAGUUCAAAUGGACCAACGAUACUUUGCCCCGAAAUACAUGCCCCAACGAUCAAAUACUUCAAAUUAUUAGUAUUUUAAAACCAGAAAAAGGCAACAAAGCAAAAUAUUCAAAACCUUUCGGUGCCACUGUCGUUCUGGAAGACGUUAGUUGGGAAGGUUUGGGAAAUUGCGCUUCCAUCACGCCACCGUCGAGUCAGAAUUUCGAACCUGUGUUGCGUAACCCAGUCGAUUUGAUCAAUGCCACUUACGGACAACUGUUAUCGUUUGUCGUGCCUGAUGACACAUUUUUCGACGCCGAAGAUAGCUCUUCACACAGACUAAAACUAUCGUUGAUGACCAUUGAUCGCUCACCUGUUCCGCCCAACAGCUGGUUACAGUUUGAUCCUAAGAAUCAAGAAUUUUACGGAAUUCCAUUGUGGGGGGACAAGAACUUUUCCGAAUACCAACUCAUAUGCACCGAUCGAGAGGGCAAAUCCAACCACGACAGUCUCGUGGUGUCCAUACACAACGCUACCAAACCUAUGCCGACGGCCGAAUUCGAUAUCGUGUUCAAAACUCCCGAAUACAGAGAAUUCAAUAAUUCGGCAUUGUUAAAAAAAUCUUUUGUCGAACACCUGGCUACACUAUUCAAAGACGAAACGACAUCGAACAUUGUUAUUCUCGGCGUGAACCUUGUAAACGGCAUGACUAUGGUUACGUGGUACAAUAAAUCUUUGGAAGUCGACAGAUGCGACGAAAACAUGAUACUCCGUCUGAGACAAGUUAUACUGAGCGAAGAAGAAAAAUUGACCGACGCUGUGGCCAAAAUCAUGAGCCCGUCGUUCAAUGUGGUCGGAGCGCAUGUCGUACCCAGCGGCAUGUGCGAAGGCGGACUGACAGAAGUUCGGCCGCCAAAACCGCCUCGGAAAGUUUCGCCUCGCGACGACAACAUUUUACUCCUGUUCGACACUACCGAAGAGUAUUUCUCAACGUUGUUUGUGCCGGCCAUUAUUAUUUUAAUCAUGAUUUUCAUCGCUGGCAUACUGGCUUGUUUGCUCUAUCGACGGCGCCCGUCGUCUAAACUGAGAAUCGGCGACAACGACCGACAAAGUUUCCGCAGUCGCGGUAUUCCCGUGAUAUUUCAGGACGAAAUGGACGAGAGACUGGAGCCGACAAACAAAACUCCGAUAAUAAUGAGAGAAGAAAAACCGCCGCUGCCGCCGCCGGACUAUCAGAGGUCACCUCCUAUGGCUACGACGGCGUUGUUGGCCGACACCGAAGAUUCACCUUACCAACCGCCGCCUCCGCCGUUCUCGAGCGUUGGCUCCAACCACAGAUCAAAACCAACCUCGACACCAUCAUAUCGCAAACCUCCACCUUACGUUCCUCCUUAAACAAUCAUUACACGGAACCGAAAAGUUUCCAAAUAUACAUAUUUAUAUAUAUAUAUAUACUUUUAUUUUUUGCCCAAAUUAAUUAACGUAAUAUUAUUAUAAUGGUGUUGAUGUUAACGUUUUUUUUUUUUUGUAAUCGGUUUUAUUUAAAAAAAGUACAGAUAGGACCUGAAUUAUAACAAUGCGUGCAAUUUUCCUCUCUUAGUAUUUUAGUAUUGUAGUAUCGUUUACGACGACAAAAGUAUCUCGCUCGCGUUCUGUUUUGUAAACUUUGCCGCAGCAACGUGUGUCGAUUGUAAAUCGUAUUUAUUUUAGCUAUUUAGCUCCGAGUAAAUAUAACUUGUAAGUUUGUGUUUUUUUUUUUCGUCCCAAAUCAUUAUAUAAUGUCUAAAAUAUUUAUACCGUUUUAAAACUGUUUGUAAUCGACGUGUAACAUAAUUUUUAAGUAACAAAAGAAAAACAUUUUAUUGUAUAAAUAAAAAUCGUAUGCAAAUUGCAAUAAACAUAAUUUAUAAACGUAUUAAGUUAGGUUUUUUUUUUUGUGUUUUAUAAUUAAUAAUAAUAAUAAUAUAAAAUCAUUAGUAUAUUUAAACGCUAAACAAAAUGUUUAUUGAAAAAGUAUUUCCUUAGCGUAGAGCUUUUAAUAAUAUUGUCUUUUUCUGAGACACGGCAUUUGUAGUAAACGAUAUUUGUUGAUACGU